AUGGCGCCAUCUUUGCUUAUCAAGCCCUUGAUUGGGCUUUUGAUGCUGCAGAGCGCUUUGGCUACUCCAGUCAAAAGGCACGUUUCCUUUUACAAAGAGGAGGAUCCUUAUGGGUUCCGAAUUCACGAGCCGCGGCUUGGUGCUGUAGCUUCGUCUACCGCGAUUUGCAGCCGUAUCGGAACCGACCUGUUGAAGGCGGGCGGCAAUGCGGCAGACGCCAUGGUUGGCACAGUGGCAUGCGUAGGCGUCGUUGCCAUGUACCACUCUGGAAUUUCUGGGGGAGGCUUCAUGCUCGUCCGUUCGCCAAACGGCACAUAUGAGUUCAUUGACUUCCGUGAGACAGCUCCAGCCGCUGCUUUCGAGGAUAUGUUCAAGAACAACACUGCAGCUAGUGAGAGGGGCGGUCUCGCAUCUGGCGUUCCGGGUGAGCUUCGUGGUCUGCAAUACCUUCAUGAAAAAUAUGGCCGCCUCCCAUGGAAAACCGUCAUCAAGCCAGCCGCCAAGGUCGCUAAAAAUGGCUGGAGGGUUAACGAAGAUCUUGUUCGCUACAUGGCUUCUGCUUCAAACAACGGAAAGGACAACUUCUUCGUUAACGACAAGGAGUUUGCGAUUGAUUUCGCGCCCAAAGGCCGUCUUCUCCAACUCAACGAUACCAUCACUCGAAAGCGCUAUGCCAAAACACUUUCAAUCAUCGCAGAGCAGGGACCGGAUGCAUUCUACAAAGGACCAUUGGCAGAAGCCACGAUCCGCGCUCUCCAAGCCUCCAAUGGCACCAUGACGCUCGAAGACCUAGCAAACUACACCGUGGCCAUCCGCAAACCCUCAUCCAUCACCUACGGAAACUACAAACUCACGGCCUGCAGCGCCCCCUCCGGCGGCAACGUCGCCCUCGCCGCCCUCAAAUUCAUGGAAGGCUACUCUGGCGUCGGUGACCCCCUCAACGCAAACCUGACCACGCACCGCCUCGACGAAAGCAUGCGCUUCGCCUACGGCAUGCGCUCAGAGCUCGGCGAUCCCUCCUUCGUCAAAGGCCUCGACGCAUUCCAGCAGCAAAUGCUCUCCAACGCCACGGCCGCCGAAGUCCGCAGCAAGAUCCUCGACGACAAAACCUUCCCCGUAGCCUACUACAACCCCUCUGGCCUCGAAUCCCUCGAAACCCCAGGCACAAGCCACGUCGUCGCCGCCGACGCAUCCGGCCUCGCAAUCUCCCUCACCACAACCGUCAACCUCCUCUUCGGCAGCAAACUCGUCGUCCCGGAAACCGGCGUCAUCAUGAACAACGAAAUGAACGAUUUCAGCAUCCCAAACACCACAAAUGCCUUUGGAUACAUUCCCAGCCCCGCAAAUUUUAUCCGCCCGGGAAAACGCCCACUGUCGUCCAUCGCUCCCGUCAUAGUCGAGCACCUCAACCUCGCAAACGUAACAAACGCCUUCUACAUCGCCAUUGGCGCCGCAGGCGGCUCCCGCAUCAUCACCGCGACAAUCCAGAACAUCAUUCACAUGCUGAGCGGCAAUAUGACGACGGCCGAGGCGCUGGCCCAGCCGAGGUUCCACGAUCAGCUUGUGCCCGCGCAGGUGAGCUUCGAGUAUGCGUUUGAUAAUGCCACGACGGCGUAUCUGCAGCAGAUUGGCGCAAAUGUCACGUGGAUGGCGCCGGGGAGCAGUAGUGCGCAGGGCCUGAGGUUGUUGCCGAAUGGCACGUUUGAGGCGGCGAGUGAGCCCAGGCAGAAGAAUAGUGGCGGUUUUGCUGUUUAA